GCAAAAUAUGGGCAAAGCGAUUGAUUUAAACGCGGCUGCCGUGAUGUGAGUAUUUCCCCUUUUGUUUAGCGGUUAAGGCCCCUCUGUUUGGGACUUGAAGGGGGGGCCAUGUUGUUUAGCCACCGAGUGUUUGGGUGAUGUUCUAGCUAGCUCACACAACACCAAUUUAGCGUGCGCUAGCUCUUGCUUUUGCUAUUUGGGUUUUAUUUGGCUCGUUGCAUCCAAUCAACGUGGAGAAAACGGCUAGUUUUUUCGUCCAACAUCGGAGUACCCUUGUUUACUGUAAUAAAAAGGCUUUCCCGUGGAAUGAGCGUUCCAUGCAGCAUCCUAGGUAUGAAUGACGUGGCCUGGCAGGAGACAAGAGGUGGGAUGCUGCAUGCAAAUGGUGCUCCUGAGACUGGAGGUGUCAGAGUUCAUGUUGGGGGAGCUGGACAGGCUCCUGGAGUCCCACAUUUACAGGGCAUGGACAGGGUUGUUAUCCCCGCACCAGGUACCCCGCAGCCUCCACUGAGUGGACGCUCUCAGGAUGAUGCCACAGUUGGAUACUUCUUUCAGAGACAGCCCGGGGAGCAGCUUGGAGGUUGCACACCAAGCAAACAUCGCUGGCCAACUGGUGAUGCCAAUCAUGUUGAUCAGGUCCGUGCUGCGGAUGAAAUGAACUAUGACUUUCAGGCUCUUGCUUUGGAGUCGAGGGGCAUGGGAGAGCUUCUGCCAGCAAAAAAACUCUGGGAUUCUGAUGAGUUGGCCAAGGAUGGAAGGAAAGGCAUGCUUCUUGGAGAGGAGUGGAGGGACAAUGCAUGGGGAUCAUCUCAUCAUUCAGUGUCUCAGCCAAUCAUGGUGCAGCGGCGACCAGGCCAGAGUUUCCAUGGGAAUGGUGAUGCCAAUUCUGUGCUUUCACCUCGCUCAGAAGGUGGAGGUCUGGGGGUGAGCAUGGUGGAGUACGUCCUCAGUUCUUCUCCUGGUGACAAAAUGGAUGGUCGCUACAGGAACGGUGGUUAUGGUGGAGGAGAUGUUGACCAAGAUGGGAGAGAGAAGAUUGAUGUCCAAGAGAAAGUCUCCCCCUAUGAAGUGGACAAGAGCCCAGAGAUGAAGGUUGGAGAUGAGAAUGAUCCUGCUAAAGCCAACGGAAGAGGUCUACUUAACGGCAUGGACAGGGACUGCAAAGACUUCAAUCCGAACCCUGGAAGUCGCCAAGCUUCCCCCACUGAGGCUGUGGAGAGAAUGGGUCCCAAUCAGUCAGGUUUGGAGAUGAUGGGACAGCACCACCCACAUGCCUUCCAACAACACCCUGCCCAAAACAAGGCACCUGAGGACUUCCAGAGCCAGGAGGCCCAGAACAUGGGAGGUAUGGAGCAGCAAGCCGGUGUGGAGUCCCUCCAGUUUGACUAUGCUGGUAACCAGAUUCAGGUGGACUCCUCAGGGACUCCAGUAGGAUUGUUUGACUACAACUCUCAGCAGCAGUUGUUCCAGAGAUCAAAUACCCUCACUGUUCAACAGCUAACUGCAGCUCAGCAACAACAAUAUGCCCUCGCUGCAGCCCAGCAGCAACAUCUUGCUGGCCUUGCUCCUGCCUUUGUGCCAAACCCUUACAUCAUUAAUGCUGCCCCCCCUGGAACGGAUCCCUACACUGCCGCUGGGCUGGCCGCAGCAGCCUCGCUUGCAGGUCCCACAGUGGUUCCACCACAGUACUAUGGUGUUCCUUGGGGUGUGUAUCCGGCCAACCUUUUCCAGCAACAGGCUGCAUCCACUGCCAAUCACUCAGCUAAUCAGCAAGCAUCCAAUCAGGGGCCAGGCCAACAACAGGUGAUGCGCGCGGGAAACAACCAGCGACCUCUUACACCUGGGCAAGGCCAACAGAGUCAGCAGGAAUCUCUAGCUGCAGCGGCAGCUGCAAACCCUGCAUUGGCGUAUGCAGGAAUGUCUGGUUAUCAGGUUUUAGCCCCUGCAGCGUAUUAUGACCAGACUGGGACCUUGGUGAUGGGCCCUGGUGCCCGAGCUGGUCUAGGUGGGCCAGUUCGUCUAGUCCAAACACCGAUGCUCAUCAACCCUGCAGCAGCACAAGCCGCAGCUGCGGUGUCAGCAUCUGGCUCUGGAAACAACAUGUCUGGUCCUCCAGGCAACGGGUUAUACCGCUCAAUGCCUCAACCUCAGCAGCAGCAGCAGCAGGCUCCCCCACCCAGCAGCGGCCUGCCCUCCAGCUCAUUUUACGGCUCUGGAUCAGUCCCGAACACUUCUCAGAGCAGCUCCCUUUUCUCACACACCUCUGCUGCGCCGCCACCACAAAGCUCCUCCCUGGGCUUCAGCAGUACCGGUGGGUCCCUCGGCGUUGGCCUGGGCUCUGCUCUUGGAGGCUUCGGCUCUUCUGUGUCUAGCUCUACCAGUAGCAGUGUAUCUCGCAGGGACUCCCUGCUGGCAAGUUCUGAUCUAUACAAACGCGGCGGCAGCAGUUUAACUCCCAUCGGCCAGCCCUUUUACAACAGCCUGGGUUACUCUUCUUCACCAAGCCCCAUUGGCCUCACACCAGGUCACUCUCCACUCACUCCUCCACCUUCUCUGCCCUCCUCUCAUGGAUCCUCUUCCAGCCUUCACCUAGGUGGCCUGACGAAUGGCAGCGGGCGUUACAUUUCUGCCGCUCCUGGAGCUGAGGCCAAGUACCGGAGUACUGGGGGGACAUCCAGUCUUUUCAAUUCCAGCAGCCAGCUAUUCCCUCCGUCUAGGCCUCGCUACAGUCGUUCAGAUGUCAUGCCGUCUGGACGCAGCCGCCUACUGGAAGACUUUAGGAAUAACCGCUUCCCAAACCUCCAACUCCGCGACCUGCCCGGCCACAUGGUGGAGUUCUCUCAAGACCAGCAUGGAUCCAGAUUUAUCCAGCAGAAGUUAGAGAGGGCCACUCCAGCUGAGAGGCAGAUGGUGUUUGGCGAGAUUCUGCAAGCGGCAUACCAACUGAUGACUGACGUAUUUGGGAACUAUGUCAUCCAAAAGUUCUUUGAGUUUGGAAGUGCAGACCAGAAGCUGGCUUUGGCAACACGUAUCCGUGGACACGUCCUGCCUCUGGCUUUGCAGAUGUAUGGUUGUAGGGUCAUUCAGAAAGCCCUGGAGUCCAUUUCCUCCGACCAGCAGGUAAUUAGCGACAUUGUCCGUGAGCUGGAUGGCCAUGUGUUGAAGUGUGUCAAGGACCAAAAUGGCAACCAUGUGGUGCAGAAGUGUAUCGAGUGUGUCCAGCCUCAGGCCCUACAGUUCAUUAUUGAUGCCUUCCAAGGACAGGUGUUUGUGCUCUCCACACACCCCUAUGGCUGCAGAGUUAUCCAAAGGAUUUUGGAGCACUGCACCCAGGAGCAAACUCUGCCCAUCCUGGAAGAGCUGCAUCAACACUCUGAACAGCUGGGCCAGAAAUAUCAAGGCGUAUCAUUGGAGAUGACACCCAAAACGUAUUAUACCGUGUCCCGCGAUGCACUGUUCAAGGAUCAGUAUGGUAACUACGUCAUUCAGCAUGUUUUGGAGCACGGCAGACCAGAAGAUAAGAGCAAGAUAGUCGCAGAAGUUCGUGGAAAGGUUCUUGUCCUCAGUCAACACAAGUUUGCAAGUAAUGUUGUGGAGAAGUGUGUGAUCCACUCUUCGCGUGCAGAGAGGGCUCUGCUGAUCGAUGAAGUGUGCUGCCAGAAAGACGGCCCCCACAGCGCCCUGUACACCAUGAUGAAGGACCAGUACGCCAACUAUGUUGUUCAAAGGAUGAUUGACAUGGCAGAACCUGCUCAGCGCAAAAUCAUCAUGCACAAGAUCCGUCCUCACAUUGCCACUCUACGUAAAUACACAUACGGGAAGCACAUUCUGGCCAAGCUGGAAAAGUACUACAUGAAGAGCGGAUCUGAACUGGGUCCCAUUGGCGGCCCCACAAACGGCCUCAUGUAGUCACGUCAAAAUCCUGGAUCCCCUGAAGAAGUGGAGUAAGGGCCCCAAACCCCCCCUGUUCUGUGAGGUGCUCCUUAGCAAUAGGGGUUAGCCUUUGACACCCUCUGUUAUCCCAUUUUUUUAGGGACUUACCAAAAAAAAAGACAAGUCAACUUCACCUAAGAACGCUGUGACAACUGACCCCUGCCACGCUACCACCCCGCCACCCCUGGUGCAGGUCCCCAGUGUGGCCCCCAGGGGAUGCAGGCAGAUUUUAUUUUUUAUUAUUUUUCCCCUGGGUAAAGCACAAGCCCAUUGUUAAUGAUGUAAUUGAUGUAUUUGACUGGUUUUCAUAUUAUCUUGUACAUUUAGUUUUUUACCUUGUAAAUUCUCUGUAGAAAAAAAAACUUAUACACAUUGCUGAAAUUUCCAAUUCCUACAAUUAACACCAGCAAGUGAUUUUAUAAGGCUAAACUGAGUGAUCCUUUUAAAAAAAGAAAACAAUUCCACUUGUUUUUAUAACCAGACUUAUUAUGUCAGCUGUUCUAAUCAAGUUUCGGCAAUUGAAUAUUAUAUUUGUAUAUUCUCCAAUGCACAGAAAGUGUUUCCCAUGCCAAAGCAGCUGAUGGAUUAGUUUUUAAAUAGCACUACAUAGUAUGGAUGGAUAUAAACCCCUCCGUCACAGGUGAGUACUAUGUGUCCUGUGCCACAGUCACCCAGAGGUCUUCAAGACCAGUUUGCGAGCUUGGCUUCGGGAUUGGUGCUUUAGUCUAGGGCGGUGUUUUCCAGUGGUGGCUUAUUGUUUUUCUGGCUAAUUGGGAGGCGUGUGUUUACCCAAGCAGCCUGUAGUCUACCUGAUGUAAUUUUCUGAACAGUUUCGGUACUCAAUAUUACAGACUGACCAAGCUGAGCUGCUGCAUCCACUGAGCCCCAUUUGAGCCGUCUGUCCCUCAUCCAGGUGAUCUCUCGGGGUUUAUGCAAAAUUUAAAAAGCUACCAUUGACUUAUAGAAGCAGAGCAUGAGGUUUGGUUGUACAGCGGGCGUGUAACCUGGUUUAAUCUUAACAUGAAAUAACUAGUGGGGGUAGUGGGUUGGGACUGGGUAUGUGUUGGCAUGCUGUGACAGGUUUUAAUCCUUGGAAUGAUUUUUUUCCUUUAUCAUGUUUUGUGUAACAUCUUAUCUGUCUUGUACUUUGAGAUGAACACUGCCCUAGAAACGGUAUCUUUAUGUACUGAAUAAUCAUCUCUUGCGUAGAAGUAGUUUAACGAUGUAUAGCAUCUUUAUGUAUAUGUAAAUUGUUGCUUUUGGGUAGGGGCUUGCAGCGACGAUGGAACCCCCACCGCCUGAAGGUCAGAGUAGUCCAAAAAAAAUGUUGUGAAGUGGCGCUUUUCCCAGCUUAGUGUAUCUGAGGUGACAUGAACUAGAAGUAGUGGGAUAAGUUGAAAGGGAUGCUGAAAGAACCUUUUUUUUUAUUAUUAUUAUAAUGGUUCUGGUUUUUUUUUUUUUUUUUUUUUUUUUUUUUUAUAUAAAUCUUCCUUUUUUCCAUUUGGUUGGGUAUGCAAGUGCAUUGUUGGAGGCCGGUGGGGCCAUCGAAAGCUAUACAAUCCACCUGUAAUGCUCGUAGUGAUGGCUUCAUAUGAAUACUUGUAGUAUAUGUGCAGUUAAUAAGUGUAAGAUUAUUAGUUUAAUUGAAAAAAAAAUGUCUAGUUGUGGUGUUUUGACAGGCCUUGCUCUAAAUUCGUAGUGAUGCUUUUAUUUCGUCUGUACAGUUGUACAUUUGUAAACGUUUAUGCUGUAAAUGGGAUGUCUUUUACACUUUUUGGGGAGAAAAAGGCAAAAAUGUGCAUUUUGAUGUGUGUAUAUUCAUCACUCCUUUCCCCUUGAAUAUAAUGUAUACAGUUUUAUUUGAUCAAGUGUUAUUUUAAAGGAAAAAAAAUCUUUAUGGCUUCACAAUCUGGCAUGGUUUUUGUUUUUAAUCUGUUAUGGGAAAGGCCAGCCUCUAUUUGGACUGGAGCUGUAACAGCCACUGUUGAUAGUAUUUCUGAAGUGUGACAGUUUAAAAAGAAGGAAAAAAAACACUCUGUACUAAAAUUGAGGCUGCAUUUAGUCCUCUCUGAUACCAUGGCAACUUCACAGGACAUGACAAGAAUUAUUUUUGUACAGAUGAGUGCUGUAUUUUGGAACAGCUUCUACCUUGUAAGCAAAAGCAAUGUAAAAUAUUGUCAAUUAUAUAAAUAUGAACAUAUGAGUUUUGUCACACUGUCAAAGUCAUGUACAUUUUCAGGUGGCCUUAUGUACAUUUCCAGAUGUUAGAUGAAGAAAACAAACUCAUUUUUGGAAGCAGAAUUGUGACUAUGUAUGAUUAAACUGUUCUUCUAACA